AUGGUUAUCGCUAAGAAUACCGUGCUGUACGAACAAGGCCCCGACCCGGCGCUGUUGAUUGCCGCCGAGCGGGCCCAGCAGAAGAUCGACCCCGUCAAGAUGAACUACUUUCUCGAGGGCUCCCAGGAGCGCUCGGAAGAGGUGGCGCGGUUGACGGAGCAGAUGGAGCGGGACCCCAUCCUCGCCGCCACCCCGGCCUACUACGACUUGCUGAAGGAACAAGAACGUGAGUUGACGGCGAAGAAGAUCGCCAGAGUCGCCCAGUACCUCGAAACCAACUCGUUCCAGGAAUUCCAGAACCGGUUGUCCCUCAUUGGUGUUUUCGACCCUCAGGUCGGUACCAGAGUGGGGGUCAACUUGGGGUUGUUCAUCUCGUGUAUCCGGGGUAACGGGACCUUCGACCAGUUGGAAUACUGGGCGUUGCACAAGGAGGCGUGCUACCUUAAGAACAUCUACGGGUGUUUCGGGAUGACGGAAUUGGCCCACGGGUCCAACGUCAUGGCGUUGGAAACCACCGCCACUUUCGACAAGGACACCGACGAGUUUGUCAUCAACACCCCGCACAUUGGUGCCACCAAGUGGUGGAUCGGUGGGGCUGCCCACUCCGCCACCCACUGUACCGUGUACGCGCGGUUGAUCGUCGACGACGAGGACUACGGCGUCAAGACGUUCGUCGUCCCCUUGAGAGACUCGCAACACAACUUGAACCCUGGUGUUACCGUCGGUGACAUUGGCCGCAAGAUGGGGCGUGACGGGAUCGACAACGGGUGGAUCCAGUUCUCCCACGUGCGUAUCCCCCGUUACUUCAUGUUGCAGAAGUUUGCCCGGGUGCUGAGACUGGGUGAAGUCACCUUGCCUCCCCUUGAACAGCUCGCCUACUCGGCCCUUUUGGGCGGUAGAGUGAUGAUGUGCUUGGACUCGUACCGGAUGAUGGCGCGGAUGACCACCAUCGCCCUCAGAUACGCCAUUGGCCGUCGUCAAUUCCACAAGAACGGGAAUUUCGACGACGACGAGGGCGCCAAGGAAGUCCAGAUCAUCGACUACGCCUUGCACCAAAAGCGUCUUUUCCCCUACUUGGCCGCCGCCUACGUCGCCUCGGCGGGUGCCCUCAAGGUGGAAAAGACCAUCUUCGACACCAUGUCGCUUUUGGACGACGCCGUCGACCAGGCCGACGACGAAAAGUUGAUGGAAGGUAUCGAAGCCAUGAAGUCGCUUUUCAUCGACUCCGGUGCGUUGAAGCUGAACUUGACCUGGUUGGCUGCCGCCUGUAUCGACGAGUGCCGUCAAUCGUGUGGUGGUCACGGGUACUCCGCCUACAACGGGUUCGGUAAGGCUUACAACGACUGGGUGGUCCAAUGUACCUGGGAAGGUGACAACAACAUCUUGGGUGUGUUUGUGGGUAAGCCCAUCGUCAAGCACACCAUCGGCCACUUUGAGGACGAAAAGGUCGUCAAGGGUUCGCUGGCGUUCUUGAACGACACCAAGCAGUUCGUCGAAGACAAGGCCGAAGAAUACAUCCUUAAGUCGCUCGACGACGUCCAGGACUUGUCCAAGGUGGCGAGAGCGCUCGAGAUCGCCAUCAUGCGCUCGUCGUACGCCUGCUACCAGCAAUGGAAGGUCAACGGCGAGGACUUCGACGCCUUGGGGCCCGACCUUGUCCAAAUCACCCGGUUGAAGGCUCACCACUACUUGCUCGAAGAGUACGUCCGCCGGGUGGCCGAGUUCGAACACAAGGACUUGGUCCCCUACUUGGACUUGCUCGGUAAGUACUACGCCGCCGGCAUGAUCUUGCAACACUCGCUGACCUACUUGUUGUCGAACAACAUCCUCUCGGCGAAGUUGUUCACCCAGGUCAACGUCGAGCUCUUGCCCAAGUUGUCGAAGGAAAUCAGACCCAACGUCGUGGGUUACACCGACUCCUUCCAAUUGACCGACAUGAUGAUCAACUCGGCCAUUGGUAGAUACGACGGUAACAUCUACGAAAACUACUUGGGUGUGGUCAAGGCGCAAAACAACCCCGCCAACGACAAGAACAAGGACACCAAGAUCCUCGUCGACAUGUUGAACCGCGGCUCGCUCGAGGCCCGCGACCGUUACGAAAAGUCGUUCGACGCCGCCGAGAUCUUGUCGGCCGACGACGCCCCCACUUUUGACUAG